AGUAUCAACCCUCUGGACGUCCCUUCGGGGACAUCCGAUAAAAUUGGAACGAUACAGAGAAGAUUAGCAUGGCCCCUGCGCAAGGAUGACACGCACAAAUCGAGAAAUGGUCCAAAUUUUUCUUCUGAUUUUUUCCCUGUAUUUUCCAUCUAGUUCCCAGUUUCCUUUACAUUUUCAUGCUAAUUUUCAUGUUCAUUUUGAAGGGCCAGGUGUUAGAAUUAGCUAAACAACUGAUAAAGAGGCUCAUGUUAGUUUAAAUUCAGAUAGGUCUGGCUUAGCUGAUCUGUUUCCGGUGAUUUGCAGGUGCUCAAUUCUCUGAUCAUGCCAAAAUUUUUUACUUUCCCUGGAUAUGAAAGGGCAUGGUUGAUCCUCAAUGUACGAUGUGUUCUUCUACAAACUGAUGCAGUAGCUGCUAUCUAUAAACUCCCACUCUUUGGUGUGUUUAAUUUUCCUUGGUAGAAACUGGAUUUCUGAUAUAGGAAAUGACUGCUCUUACUACUAAGUACCCUUUCUUUUGGUUGAGAUUGUGCUUGAGUUAGUAUGGUCUUUACACUUGACUCUUGAGCUGAAUUCUUAGAAAUACUGCUUUAUUUGGUUAUAUUUGCUAGUUAUUGGUGCUUGUCUCCUGCCAUUUUAUGCUAUAGAACAUAAGGAAGAUUCAAGGAAGAAACAGAGAAGUGCCCCCAAAUUAAUCAAGGUCUUCUGCAGGUUGAAAAUUCUGUUUCUAGUAAGUAAUUUGGAGCCAAUAUGAAGGUUGAGACAAAGAGGCUGAAGCUUCUUUAAAUGGCAGCUAAAUCCAUUCUAUCAAUGAUUCUUAUAAUCAUGGUGAAUCCUCUGAAAAGAUUUUGCUGAAGAUAAAAAAUCUUACAUCAAAAAGAGCAAGAGUAACCUUGAGCUACAUGAUACUUGCGAAAAGAGUGGGAUUUGCAAAGUUUUUGGAAUGAACUGACCAAAAUUUGGAGGAUUGAAGAGACAACUUUAUGGAGAUGUUUGCUUCCUAAAGCUCUCUGGAUAUUGCAAUCUUCUUAGCCGAAGUCAAUGUGUCAAAGACCAUAUGAAGUAUUUUAAGCAAUAUUUUAGAGACUUAAUAGAUGAAAAUUUGCAAGUGCCCAUUUAGUAUUUCAUUUCAGUUUAAUAAGCCUCGGCUUGACUUUGAGGAAGGCUUGCUUACUGCCAUUGGAAAGGGUUGGUUUGUAUAAUGGAACACUCAAUCAAAGAAAGAUGAAUUUUGUACUUCAACAACAAAAGAAAGAUGUUCUUUUUCUCUUUAUGUUAAGGCAUUUAUGGGAAUGCUUGGCAAUUGGCAUCUAGAUUAGAAUGAAAUGAAACCAAUUUACAUUUCCAAAGCACUCUGAUUUUGACUCUGUUUGAGCAAAGCAAAGAGGGUAAAGCUUUCUUCUUGUUGAAAACCUUCAAUUUGCUUAUUCUAAACUAAUAUCAUGUUCAUCAAUAAGGCAAUAACCCGCCAUUAGCAUUAGAGUCUCUUCUCAUUGAAGAGAUAGGCUUGGGGUCUCAUUUCAUGUCUUUUACUAGUAAAUGGCUUAACAGACAACAAUAAUACUAAGAAAAUCACAAAACCAUGAAAGUGAAAGGUUAAUUCUACUUUCAUGAAAGACAAUUGAAUUGAUAAAGAGAUGACCAAAAUGAUUGGAAGAUAACAGCUUUUUCGGGUCCAAUUGUUGCUACCUAGGACAUAUUGGUCUUGGAAAGAGCCACGUGUCAUCCUUGAUAUCUUGGUCUUUUCCAACAUUGCCACUUGGCAGUAACAGUACUACCAGUGACCUUUUCCUUCUGCUCUUUUGCAGUACAAAACCUCGACUUUGAAGAGAUUACCUCCUUCUAAGUUCCAAGAAGAAGGAAGAAUAAAGAGGAGAGGUGAAACCCAUUUUUGUUGAAUUUGCAUUUUGAUUUAACUGAAAUGGAGAGACACUAUUUUGAAGAGGAGCUGAAGAAAGAACGUAGGCUUGUUCGGAAUCUCAUACAUGAGAUUGAUUACAAAAAUCAGCAGUUGUCUGAAAUAGAACAUAAAUAUGAUGAGACAACUGCAACUCUUCGUGGACUUGUUGAUGGCCUCAUAGCAAAAAUUGACUCCAAGGACAGUAAGUUGCUGGACUGGGAGCUUAAAUACAAUACAACUGUGAGACGGCUGAUGGAUGAGAACACUAAGUUGCGAGAUGAAUUUGUUAAAGAACUUAAAAAGGUUAAGUCUGAAAAUAUUAAGCUGAAGUGUAAACUUGGGCAGCGUACCAAGGAACUAGAAGAGUGUAAAUCCCAGAGUGAUCUGGAACGAAGAACCUUGAUCAAUGAAAUGGAAGUGCUGAAAGAGAAUUUGCCUUGUCAAAAUCUUGUUGAAGUUGAUAAAACUUCAAGUGCUCAGGUUGCUGCUCUAAGGAAAGAGUUGGAGGAAAAAUCAGAGGCAUUGCAAGAUCUGGAAAGCCGUUACAAUUGUCUGACAGUCAAGCAGAUUUUAACUAAUCAAGAACUCCAAGAUGCUCGUAAAGAAUCAAUAAAUGGUUUGAAAGAUAUGUUGAAUAGCAGAACAACUCUUGGAGUCAAAAGAAUGGGAGAGAUUAAUCAAAAAGCUUUUGAAGUUGCUUGCUCACUAAAGUUCCCUAAUGAAGAUUGGCAGGAAAUAUCUGCUAAAUUAUGUUCAUCAUGGGAACAGAAUGUUCAGGAUCCAAAAUGGCACCCAUUUAAGAGGAUCCCUUUCAGAGGCAACUUGCAGGAAAUAGUAGAUGAAGAUGAUGAGAAGCUGAAAGAGUUGAGAAAUGAAUACGGUGAGGCUGCAUUUGAGGCUGUCACCACUGCACUGAUGGAAAUGAAUGAAUACAAUGCAAGUGGAAGGUAUGCAGUCCCUGAAAUAUGGAACUUAAAGGAGGGAAGGAGAGCCAGUAUGAAAGAAAUCAUUCAAUACAUAAUCAAGCAACUGAAGACUCAUAAGCGUAAAAGAAAGCUUACCUAGGUACCCCAGCAACUAUUUCAUGAUCCAUUUGAGAAAACCAAGCUUCUUAUGUUGCCUGCUGUCAACUGCUUCAUGGGUUCGCUGUUUGCUUAUCUAUUUAGUUUAUAUGAAAGCAGAAGUACACAAGCAACUUAAUACUUUUGUAGAUGAAAAACUUUAUCCAGUAAACAGGUAUAACUGGUAAAUGUUGUAGAUAUGGAAAAGAACAGAUGAAAUGUAGAUUGUUAAGCAUUGCUUUGGGGCCUCUGAUAAAUUGUUGUUAAAGGUUUGGGAAAUUUCCAAAGGUUGAUGUUUAUACUUUGCACUCUCUUUAGCCAAAACAUAUGAUUGUUAUUUUGC